AUGGGAAACUCUGCCGGACGGAAGUCUGACUCUGCUGGCUCGCUUGGUACGAACGACGACACGUUGGCGGCGUCGAAGGCUCUCGACAGACUGGCUUAUCGGCACGCGAAAGACGUCUUCUGCCGCCCUAGACUCGUCCGCUUCCUCGCCCGGGACGGCAAGACAUAUUACGGCGACGCCAUCCUCCCCAGCGGUGUGACCGACAUCGCGAAGGCGAGGCAGGCCCGCAUCGUCACGGGCGACAUCUUCGGGAGACACGAUGUGACCGACAACGUCGCCGACAUCCGCCUCCUCCUCUCCCCCCUGGCCCCGGAGCACGUCAAGACGGUGCGCUGUCUCGGGCUGAACUACGCCAACCACGCCAAGGAGUCAAACAUGGCCAUCCCCAAAUUCCCCGUCCUCUUCUACAAACCCGCCACCUCCCUCGCCGGCCCGACGGACCCCAUCCCCGUCCACCCGAUCGCCCAGACCGGGAGCACCCUCGACUACGAGUGCGAGCUCGUCAUCGUGAUCGGCAAGACCGCCUCCGACGUCUCCGAGGACGCCGCCCUCGACCACGUCCUCGGCUACGCCGUCGGCAACGACGUCUCCCACCGCGACUGGCAGCUCCAGCGCGGCGGCGGCCAGUGGUCCCUCGGCAAGGGCUUCGACGGCUGGGCCCCCUUCGGCCCGGGCAUCGUCUCCGGCCGCGUCCUCGGCGACCCGCAGAACCUCAAGAUCUUUACAAAGGUCAACGGCGAGACUGUCCAGAACAACAAUACCAAGGAUAUGAUCUUCGGUAUCAAGAAGACAAUCUCCUUCCUGAGCCAGGGUACCACUCUGCUGCCGGGAGACGUCAUCUUCACCGGAACUCCCGAGGGCGUUGGUAUGGGUCGCAAGCCGCAGCUGUGGCUCAAGGAUGGAGAUGUUGUCGAGGUCGGCCUCGAGAACGUCGGUUCUUGCAUCAACAAGGUUGAGUUUAGCAAGGUGAAGUCCAAGAUCUAA